AUGGAUGUUAAAGUAAGUGUGACCACAUUAGCUUUGUUUCUUUUGCUAGCUUCCUAUGUCACAGCAGCACAUUCUGGCGUCUUCCAUGUUAAUAAAUAUGGUGCAGUACCUCGUGGAGAUAUAACCGAGGCUUUGAAACAUGCUUGGAAAGACGCAUGUGCAUCGACAACUCCAAGCAAAAUUGUGGUUCCUAGGGGUACAUACAAGUUGAAACAAAUAACUCUUAGAGGUCCUUGCAAGGCUCCUAUUAAUGUUCUGGUUCAAGGGACAAUUCUAGCACCAAUAAACCCAAACCACCUCAAUGGAAAUGAUCAAUGGGUUAGAUUUGAAUAUAUUGAUUUUUUAACCUUAUCCGGUGGGGGAACUUUUAAUGGCCGAGGUAAAAAAAUGGCUUGGAAUCAAAAUGAUUGUGGAAAAAACAAGAAUUGCAAGAUGCUUCCCAUGAAUUUUGGUUUUAGUUUCAUAAAAAAUUCAGUUAUCAAGGACAUAACUUCAAAGGACAGCAAAAAUUUUCAUGUAAAUGUUUUGGGGUGCAAAAAUAUUACAUUUAACAACUUCAGCAUCAAAGCACCAGCAACUAGUCCUAAUACUGAUGGAAUUCACGUUGGAAGAUCAACUCAAGUGAACAUUAUUAACUCCAAGAUUGGCACUGGCGAUGAUUGCAUCUCUCUGGGUGAUGGUAGCAGACAAGUCACUGUCUUAAAUGUGACAUGUGGACCUGGACAUGGUAUUAGUGUUGGAAGCCUAGGAAAAUAUCCAAAUGAAGAGCCUGUAGAGGAUUUUAUAGUUAGGAAUUGCACGCUAAAAAACACUGACAAUGGUGUUAGGAUCAAGACUUGGCCCGGUACAUCAGUAACUUCUAUUGCGUCAAAUUUUCAUUUUGAAGAUAUCAUAAUGGUUAAUGUCAGGAACCCUAUAAUUAUAGACCAAGAGUACUGCCCAUGGAAUCAGUGCAAAAAACAGAGUCCAUCAAAAGUAAAGAUAAGCAAAGUCACCUUCAAAAACAUUAGAGGAACUUCUGCAACUAAAGAAGGAGUUGCUCUGGUUUGUAGCAGUGGUGUGCCAUGUGAAACUGUGGAGCUCAGUGACAUAGAUUUGAGUUUCAAUGGAACUAUUGCAACUGCUAAAUGUGCGAAUGUCAAGCCCAAAAUUCGAAGAAAAGCACCAACUUGUGCAGCUUAA